AUGGCCCCUGCAGCUUCAUCCAGUAGCUCGUCAACAUGGGUCGAACCUACAAAGGAUGAUAAACCGCCCAAAGAUGCAGACCUCAAAACAGCAUGGGCGUUCCUCCAAGUCGGUGUAGAACAUAUGAUGUCAAGAAUGCACUUGGGGAUGUCAUACUCCUACUACAUCCUAUUAUUCACAGCGGUGUACGACUUUUGCACUCAACCUGGUAAAACGGGUCAAUCGACUUUCAGCGCUAAUAGGGGAGGUGCAAGUUUACAAGGUGCAGAUCUGUAUAGGUCGUUGCAUACUUGGUUGAGUGAACAUUGCAAGAAGAUGAGGCAGGACUCGGAAAAUCUAUCAGAUUUAGAAUUGUUGAAAUUCUACGCCACCCAGUGGGAUCGAUAUACCACUGGAGCGAGAUAUGUCAACAAGUUGUUCAAUUACUUGAACAAGCAUUGGGUGAAAAGAGAGAAGGAUGAAGGUAGAAAAGAGGUAUAUACUGUUUACACUCUUGCCCUUGUCGCAUGGAAGCAGAACUUCUUCCGACACUUCACCGUGUCCUCAGCAGGGAUGAGCCGACUCACUCAAGCCGUCUUGAGACAGAUCGAGCAGCAGAGAGAUGGAGAAGUGAUCGAUUCGACGUUAUUGAAGAAAGUAAUCGAUUCAUACGUCUCACUUGGAUUGGACGAAGCCGAUGCACAAAGACAGAACCUCGACGUAUAUCGAGAAUACUUCCAGACUCCUUUCCUCAAUACUACCGAACAUUACUACCGAGCCGAAUCGGCGGCCUUUGUCAGCUCCAACUCUGUUUCCGAUUAUAUGAAGAAGGCCGAAGCUAGAUUGCAGGAGGAAUCGGAUAGGGUCAAUUUGUACUUGCACGAUAGUACGAGGACAGAUCUCAAGGUCAAAUGUGAGAAUGUACUCAUUUCGGAACACAACAGUAUCAUGUGGAAUGAGUUCCAAUCUCUUCUGGAUGCUGAUAGAGUAGAUGAUCUCUCUCGAAUGUAUGGUCUACUUUCAAGAAUUGUAGGUGGACUGGAUCCAUUGAGAGAGAAAUUCGGAGAACACGUAAAGAAAGCUGGUCAGGCUGCUGUGGAGAAAGUUUUACCUGCUCCUGGGGCUACUACAGAGACCGGAAAGGCGGAGACUUUGGAUCCCAAAGCAUACAUCGAGGCGUUGUUGGAGGUCCAUUCGAAAUAUACGGAAGUCGUCGAAGGACCUUUCAGGGCGGAAAUGGGAUUCAACAAGUCUUUGGACCAGGCCUGUCGAGACUUCUGCAACCAGAAUGCAGCAGCUACCACCUCCACACGAUCACCUGAACUUCUCGCUAGUUACUGUGAUCAACUCCUGAGAAAGAGUAAUAAAGAUCUCGAUGCUGAAUCUUUGGAAGCUGCUCUUAACCAGACUAUGAUCAUCUUCAAAUUCAUCGACGAUAAAGAUGUCUUUCAGAAGUUCUACCAGAAGAAACUUGCUCAACGAUUGGUCGGAUCUCUAUCAGCAUCGGACGAUAGUGAGAGUAGUAUGAUCACGAAGCUGAAGGAAGUCUCUGGGUUUGAUUAUACCAACAAGUUGUCGAGGAUGUUUACCGAUGUCAACUUAUCGAAAGAUCUGAGUGAGAGAUUCAAGGAUAAGGAAAGGACUCAGGGAGUUAGCAGUGAUAUUGAUUUUGCACCUCUGGUACUCGGUACAAACUUCUGGCCUUUGGCACCUCAGCAGACUGAUUUCAACAUCCCUCGAGAGAUCCGAUCGACAUAUGAUAGAUUUACUGCUUUCCAUAAUGAGGUUCACCAGGGCCGAAAACUCACUUGGUUAUGGCACGUAUCAAAGAACGAAUUACGUACGACCUACCUCCCUCAGAAAUUCAUCUUCAUGACUUCCUCUUACCAAAUGGCCAUCUUAACUCAAUUCAACGAGAAUGAUAGUUUGAGCUACAAUGAGAUUUUGACUGGAACCAAGAUCGCCGAAGGGAUAUUGAAACCUCAAUUGGCGUUGUUGGUUAAAGCAAAAGUUUUGUUGCAAGAAGGAGAAAACUACGAUUUGAAUUUGAAUUUCAAGUCCAAGAAGAUUCGAGUCCAAUUGAACCAAGCGGUCAAAUCGGAGCAGAAAGCGGAAGCUAAAGAAGUAUUGGCUGCUGUUGAUGAAGAUCGUAAAUUCAUCUAUCAAGCUACUAUAGUCAGGCUGAUGAAGGGUAGGAAGACAAUGCAACAUCAAGCUUUGAUACAAGAAGUUACCGCUCAAAUAUCUUCCAAAUUCACACCUAAGAUCCCAGAGAUCAAAAAGGCGAUUGAUUAUCUGAUUGAUAAGGAGUAUCUGGAAAGAUCGGCAGAGUCGAAUAACACUUAG